AUGCACCCACAUAGAAUUUAAAGCUCAUCCUACUGUUUGUAUAUAAUGAGUUAGUCCAUUAUACAUGUUGGAGAAGUUACUCUAGUAGUAAUAGGAUUCACUGAUAGGAUCUAAUCAAAAAGAUAGCAAAGCAACCCCAACCAAAACCGUGGUUGGGCCACGUCACAUAAGCAAAAAAGUGAAUCAAGUGAUUGCCAUUGCUCUGACUGAGUGAGGGUAAGAAGCCAUGACCAUGGCCAGUGCUGCAUUUGCACAAUCUCCACAAAUUGCAACCUUCCUUUCGAAAUCUCCUUCUUCUUUCCAUUUCCACACACGCUUUCGCUCUCUUCCAACUACUUCAUCUUUCUCUCCCAUUAUCUCCCCAUCCACGAAAUCCAUCCUUUUACAUAAUAAGUCCAAACUUUUGCCAAAUCCUCUUGCUGCUGCAGCUGCCGAAGACGCCGCCGUUGAUGCCACAGAGCAAUUGGUCACAACCCCCGUUGAUGCCGGGUCCGUAAUCGUGUCAGUUCUUUUCUUCCUCGCUUUCAUUGGCUUAUCCGUUAUCAGUAUCGGGGUUAUCUAUUUAGUAGUAACAGAUUUCUUGACAAAAAGAGAGAAAGAGAAGUUUGUGAAAGAAGAAGCUAAGAAAGGAAAAAAGAAAAAGAACAGGAAAAUGUUUAAGGGGAGGCCUAGAGGCUCUGGUCAAAAGACUUUCCGCGACGAUUAGAUUAAUAAAGUCCCUCUAUUCAUUCUUGCAAUGAAAUCGGAUUCAUUUUCACCUAUGGUUUUGCAGAUUGUGUAGUUAGCACAAUGUUUUAACAGAGAAGUAAGAAACAUUAUCGUCAAUGACAUGAAAUAUUUGAGGAUUCA